AUCACACACACACACACACACACACACACACACACACACACACACACACAGAGGCCCCUGAUGACACGUGAACACACACACACAGUGUGUUCAGAAUGACACAGCUCUGAUCGGAGGAGGUGAUCUCUGAAAUUGCUCAGCGAGCACCCCUAAUUUCCCUGAUUUACAUAUCGCUGUCAAUCACACUCAAUGGAAUCCAAUCAGAAAGCAGGCGGGGACGGACUGGCGGGGACGCAGAAGGAGGCGGCGCUGCGAGCGCUCAUGCAGCGCACAGGAUACAAACUGCAGCAGGAGAACGGCCAGCGGCGGUACGGCGGCCCACCGCCUGACUGGGAUGGUCCGCCUCCAGAGAGAGGCAGCGAGAUCUUUGUUGGGAAACUACCGAGAGAUCUGUUUGAAGACGAGCUGGUUCCUCUGUGUGAGAAGUUUGGUAAGAUCUACGAGGUGAGGAUGAUGAUGGACUUUAACGGCAACAACCGCGGUUACGCCUUCGUCACCUUCAGCACCAAACAGGAAGCCAAGACAGCCAUGAAGCAGCUCAACAACUACGAGAUCAGAAAUGGUCGCCUCCUUGGCGUCUGUGCCAGUGUUGACAACUGUCGUCUGUUUGUGGGCGGGAUCCCCAAAACCAAGAAGCGCGAGGAGAUCCUGUCUGAGAUGAGGAAGGUCACUGACGGGGUCGUAGACGUCAUCGUGUACCCCAGUGCAGCCGACAAAUCCAAGAACCGAGGCUUCGCCUUCGUCGAGUAUGAGAGCCACCGGGCGGCCGCCAUGGCCCGCCGCAAACUGCUGCCAGGUCGGAUUCAGCUGUGGGGUCACGCCAUCGCCGUGGACUGGGCGGAGCCUGAGGUGGAGGUGGAUGAGGAUACCAUGGCGACGGUCAAGAUACUGUACGUCAGGAACCUGAUGCUGCAGACCACAGAGGAGACCAUAGAGAAGGAGUUUAACAGCCUCAGACCAGGUGCAGUGGAGCGAGUGAAGAAGAUCAGAGACUACGCCUUCGUCCACUUCACCCAGAGAGAAGACGCCGUUAACGCCAUGAACGCUCUCAAUGGAAAGCUGGUGGAUGGCUCUCCUAUCGAGGUGACUCUGGCCAAGCCGGUGGACAAAGACAGUUACGUCCGUUACACCAGAGGCACCGGAGGACGGGGAGGAUCUCUGCUGCAGACCGACUACACUGCCUACACCCUGGGACAGGUGUACGACCCGUCCGCGGCGUACCUGGGCCCGCCCGUGUUUUACGCCCCUCAGGCCUACACCGCCAUACCAGGUCAGUUCCGCUUCCCGCCGGCCAAAGCUCACGUCGGAGGCCGAGGUUUGAUCAGGACGCCGUCUGUCAGAGAAAUUUACAUGACUGUACCUGUAGGGGCUGCCGGGGUGCGGGGGCUGGGUGGGCGGGGCUACCUGGCCUACGCUGCCGGGGUCGGAGCCAUGGGUCGAGGCAGCGGUGCUGGUGGCGCCAUCUAUGGGCUGAAGGGGGACAAGCAGGCGGAGGAGAAGCUGUACGACCUGCUGCCGGGCAUGGAGCUGACCCCCAUGAACCCUGCUGCCAUGAGCCUGAAGGCCGCCACCAUCAAGCCUGCACCACAGGUUCUGGAAGAGUUGUGUCAGAAGAAUAACUGGGGUCAGCCCGUCUAUCAGCUCCACUCAGCCAUCGGUCCAGACCAGAGACAACUCUUCCUCUACAAGAUCACCAUACCAGCUUUGGCCACACAGAACCCAAACAUUCAUCCCUUCACCCCUGCGAAACUGUGUGCGGCUGUCGAAGAAGCUAAAGUCCACGCAGCCGAACACACCCUGCAGACACUCAGCCUGCAGACAGAGGGCGCUGCCGAUGCCAGCUGUGCUACUGCUGCCGCUGUGGCUUCAGUAGCAUUCCCAGGUUACACUCUGGCGAGUCCGGCGUCGUCGGCUGUCGCCUCCCAGCUGAAGCAGGCAGUGACUCUGGGUCAGGACCUGACCGCCUACACCACCUAUGAAGGAUACCCUGCCUUUGCUGUGGCAACACGCCACACUGACGGAUAUGGUGUUUUCUAAAAGAACGAGGAAAAACACUCGUAGCUGAGGACGCAUUCACACUACACUUCUCUCUGAGGGCAUUUUAAAUCAACCUGUGUGAAUUUUCUGAUUGGUUGACUGGAACAAAAGGGUUUAGAAUUAAAGCCUUGUUGUUCACAAAUAGUGAAGUGUGAAUGCACCGUCAUGCUGCUGGCUGCAGGAGACCAGACCUGUGUGGGCGUUUGUCUCGUCAGACAUGAUUAGAAAACCGCUGCUGGAAGUUAUAUCGGACUUAUCAGUCGCCCUGAAACAAAUUCCUCACCUGUCGCACCUUCACCAGUCUCACUUUGUCUCUGCUCUUCUACCUGUGUUUGAAUAAUGACUUCAUAUAUAUCUGUAAUUGCUUUGUGAUUGAUUAGCUGGCCUGUGAUUGGCAGUGAAUUAAUGUUUUGAUCAGCUGAUAUGUUUUUGUUGUUUGCAUGUUUCUAGUAUGUUUACAAUAUUCAAAUGAAUCAGCUUAGUAGACUUUGUUAUGUUAUCCUUUUUUGUAACCCUGCAUUAUUAUCUUUAACGGGGAUUUGUAGUCCUUUUGAAUGUCUUACACUUUUAAAUGCAAACCUUAGGUUUGCACUGUUUUGACCGUUUCAGAUGUUUGUUUUUUGUUCCAGCAAACAAAAGUAUGAAAAAUAAGACAAAAGACUAAAGUCUGCUGUGGUAUCUGAGGUAUUCUGGACUUUGUUGUACUUUAAACUGCCAAGAUUUAGUUUUCAUAUCUUAUGCAUCUUGACAGGAAUCCAACUGAACUUUCUGUCAUUGACAUACGAGACCAAUGAUUGGACUAAAUGUUGGCUUUAUUUGUUUUGACAUCAUAUCUGAUGAAAGCAAGAAUACACAGCUCUCCCUCCAUCUUGUGUGUCCCUGUAGAAUCACUGUUGGCGUGACAGUUGCAAAGUUAGCAUUAGCACCCUGGCUACCGUCCAAACAAAACCAACAGCAAGAAUCCCAGCGUGCUCUGUAAACCCUGAUCUCAGAGCCGUGAAAGGUCACAGCUGGUUUUAAUAAAAAGAAGGCAGGUUUUGAAGCGUUGCAAUUCCCGGUGUUAAGAGGAAACACAUAUCCCUUCAGUUUCUAUUACUCUCCCUCUUCACCUUCUUUUUUUUAAACAGUCAUUCCAGUUGUUCGACCAUUACCUAGGGAGAGUGACAGAGAAAAUCAAUGCCAAUAUUUGCUUCCUUUGUGUUAAUCUUUAUUAUUCUGAGAAAAAGAAGACUAUGUGUCGGAACUGAAUGUCGUGGUGAAAGUUUGGUUUAUAGAGGAUCAGUCUAUAUGCAGAUGAUGUUACACCAUGACAUCAGGAUUCAUGCAGAUUGAGAAGCUUAAUAAAAGUUGUCUAUUGCCAGUUUAAUGAAAAGUCAAAAGUUACUUUCUUUUGCUUUUUGAAUGUUUUAUUAUAACUACCUGCCUGGGUCUGUCGAGCAUCUUUGAUGACAUCUAUCGAAAUCUAUUUAAAGAAAAAGGCCUGAAUGGAAACCUCAGCUGUUGAAAUGCUUCAGAUCGUCACUGCUGAUAUUUCUUUACCACGUUUCAGAAUUUCAUAUUAACAUUGUUAAAGUCCAGCCAGCCCAGUCUUCUCUGGAAUUUUUGAGUUUAGCACCAAAGAUGAACAUCAGUAUUUAAUGAUUCUGCAAACCCCUGAUCACGUUCAGAACAUUCUGUCUUUGUCGAAUGCAAACUUUUUUAAACUCUUGAAACAAUAUCUGUGUGGCAACUUUGGUGGCUCAAAUAAGGAAAAUUGGAAAACAUUUGCUUAAGACACCAAACCAAAGACUUCUGUUUCACUUCAUGAUGGUUGCAAAUAUUACAGUAAUUAUAAACUCAUGAUUGGAUUCAUUGAGUAAAUCAGCUGCCUCAUAGUGGUCGCUGUGAGUACAAGUCAUGAUGUGAACAAGUCGGAAUCUCGUCAGCAGCAGAUGAUUCCGUCCAACUUGAUAUUUGUUUCUUGAAUGUUUCCAUAGAGUUUUACGUUGACGACACGUGCCGCUAUCUGAGCUGUGAACAUGCCAAAGCAGAGACAGUAUUAAAGUGUGUGAAGCACUUAGAACUUAUUUUUAUACCAGGAAAAAUAAUUAAUAUCCAGACGCUAUUUGUAUAGAGUUAUUCUGCAUUCUCUUUGCCUCCGUAAUUGACCUGAAAACAAGAAACAUGUGGAAGUGAAUCAGUGCUAAUCAGUGAUAAACAGAGAGGAUUGUGGGUAAUGUUCAUGUCAUAAAGGAAACGGCUUUGAUUAACGAAUUGUGAUGUCUUAUGAUCCAAAAUCUUUUUGAAUUAAAGGAACUGACAAAAA